AUGAUCACCAUGAACGAGCUGGUGGAUCUGCGCAUGCAGCAGCACAUCGCGCACGAGAUAUAUCGCCAGCAGAUCAUGCAGCGCAUACCGGACCCCUUUCCCCCAAUGUUGCCCAUACCCAUGCCCCGUCAUGUGAUCAUGCCACCGCGAGUCACCCUGCCCGGCGUGGAGAUGACUCUCCAGAACGACGAUCUCUGGAAGCAGUUUCACCAAAUUGGCACGGAAAUGAUCAUCACCAAGAGUGGCAGACGCAUGUUCCCCUCGAUGCGCCUCAGUGUUUCCGGCCUGGAGGAUGAGAGCAACUACUGCGUCCUCCUCGAGAUGGUGCCCAUCGGUGACUGUCGCUACAAAUUCUCCGGUUCGCAAUGGGUUCCGGCUGGAGGAGCCGAGCCUCAAAGUCCUCAGCGGAUGUAUCUGCAUCCGGAUAGUCCGGCCACUGGGGCCCAUUGGCAGGCACAGCCCAUACUCUUCAACAAGGUGAAACUAACCAAUAACACGCUCGACAACAGCGGACAUAUCGUCCUGGCCAGCAUGCACAAGUACCAGCCGCGUCUCCAUGUCAUACGCACCGCCGACCUGGCGCAGAUUCCCUGGGCCCCACAGCAGGCCUUUGUGUUCGCCGAGACCGAGUUCGUGGCCGUGACAGCCUACCAGAACGAUCGCAUCACCAAACUGAAGAUUGACAACAAUCCGUUUGCCAAGGGCUUCCGCGAAACGGGACAGUCGCGGUGCAAGCGCAAGAUGUCUUCAUCGCCAACCGGCGAGGAUCAAGAUCAGUCGCUGUCGCACUCCCAAUCCGAGUCUGACAUGUCGCCGUCGAAGGGCAGUGAGACAGCAAACCCGAAUCCAAACCCAAAUCCAAAUCCCGAUGGCCCGCAAAUUAAGCGACUGAGAUCAAAUGGCUCCGCCUGCUCCUUAUCGUCAUCGCUGGACGAUCAGUCGGCGCCUGGCGCCAGUACCUUGAGUUCUCCUCCACCGCCUCAGUCUGCCCAGCUCCAUCUCCAGCCCCAUCAUCCCCUCCAGGCGCGGAGUGCCUCCAGCGUUUUUAUGCAGCACUUUCAGCAAAAUAUGCAGAGUCUGCUGAGACCCUCGCUGGUGGAUCUGGCUUGCACCUACUUUGGGCGUCCCUCCCACGAGUACGGACCAGGUGGAGGAGCUGGUCUCCCCACAACUUCUCUCUAUCCCCCUGCUGCUGGUAUUUUGGGACCUCAUCCUGGCCUGAAUCUGCCUCCUGAUCUCUCUGGCUUGGAUCCCAACUCGGAUGAGUCUGGUGCCGAUGACCUUGAACUGGAUGUGGGCAGUGAAACAACGACCACGACGACCACAGUGAAGCAAUCCUCGCAGGAACAGUCACCAGGUGAACCCUCCACCAGGAGUAAGGGUUUCAGCAUAUCGGCCAUCCUGGGAGGUGGAAGUUAG